CUAAGAUUUUGUUCUCGAGUUCCUGUUCCGGCCCCAACAACUCUUCUAAGUUUGGCUCCGUCCCUAACCUCUUCUCCUUCUUCUCAAAUUCUGUCUACUUCGGAUUUUCAGACACCGGAAAGGGAUUCUACAAGGUGUAUGCUGACGUAUUCGAUAAAAUUUAUCUCAAUGAAUUGAAUUUUGCGAAGAAGUUGGGUCUAAUCUCUCCAAAAGAAGCUCCGCUUAUGGGAAAUAUGAAUAGUCCUUAUGCUCAGGUGACGGCAUUCUAUAAUUAUUGGCUAGGGUUUACAACAGUGAUGGAUUUCUGCUGGGCUGAUCAGUACGAUGUGAUGGCAGGGAUGAACAGGAAGUCAAGAAGAGUCAUGGAGGAAGAGAAUAAAAAGUUGAGAAAAAAGGCACGCCGGGAGUACACUGACACUGUUCGAGGAUUGGCUGAGUUUGUGAAGAAGAGGGACAAGAGGGUAAUUGACAUGCAAGUGAAGAGGAAUGAGGAGAUGGAGAGAAAGAGGGGGGUAGAGCAAGCUAGGAAGAAGGAGUUAGAGAGGCUCAAGGCAGAGAGGGCAAAAAGGUAUAAGGAGCCUGACUGGAUUCAGGUUGAUGACACAGAGAAGGAUGAAGCUGCUGAUAAAACAUCAGAUGAUGAUAAUAAAGAGGAAGUGAAUGAGUUAUACUGCAUAGCAUGUGGGAAAAGGUUUAAGAGCGAGAAACAAUGGAUAAAUCAUGAGCAGUCUAAAAAGCAUAAAGAAAAGAUUUCAGCAUUAAGAGAAGUGUUAAAUGACGAGGACAAAGUGUUUGAAGAAGCAAAUGUCAAUGGAAGAAAAAACGAGGAGGAAGAGCAAAGUACACCUAAUUCUGCUGAAAGCGGCUAUUUAUCAGCUACAGAUGAUGCCGUGGAUGAGUUGGGGGAACAAUUAGAGGGUAGUUUUGGAAUUCUUGCGAAGAGUGAUGAUUAUCAAGAAGUUGAAGAACCCAAGACUGGAUAUACAGGUGAUGGUGGUCCUAGGAACUCAGAUGAUGAUGAUGAUGAUGAUGAUGAUGAUGGCGAUGAAGCACGUAUCCUUGAAGCUAUGGUAUCGGGGCACAGAAGUAGAAAGAAUGUUGUCUCCAGUCACCAUUCUAAGAUAAAAUCUGAUGAAAAUGAAUUGAACUUUAUGGAAUAUAAUAAUCUGAAGAUUAGUGGUAAGAAAAAGGGAACCCGUAAACGCCGAAAUAGGAAAGCUGAAGACCCAACAGAAGUUAAUGAGGAGGAAACCAAUGAGGCAGAACGUAGUGAGCAAGUGGGGGGAAAUACUGUAUAUGAUGAAAACAUGGAUAGUAAUAACCCUACAUCAAUAAAUAUUGCAUAUGAUGAGAAAAACAUGGAUAUUCAGACUUCAUCAACAUUGCCAGUUUCAUCCAGAACCAAGACUCUUGAUGGUCAAGAGGAUGAUUCGUCGGAAAAGGUUGAAAAGAUUCCAAAGCAAGCUACUAUUGGCAGUAGGAAUAACACAAAGAGGGAUAAUCAUAAUACUAAUACUAUAUCAAAGAAUGUUUCCAAAGGGAGGAAAGGAAAGUCAAACUCAAGACGUUCAGGCAAUGCAUGUGAAACAUGUGGAGAAGAAUUCGAAUCCAGGAAUAAACUGCACAAACAUUUGGGAGAGACGGGACAUUCUUUGCUCAAGUCAAGAUAGAUCAUCUAUCUUUUUUUUUCUUCCAACAGUUGAUGCAUAUGUAUUUUUCAUUCAUUGGCCCUUUUAUUGGAAUGCUUUUAGUUUCCUGGAUGUUUAGGGUUUUGCGUGAUAGGAUUCACCCAAAAACUUGAUACAACCCACAUUCUUUCCCCUGAGGGUAGAGGCAAGGUCUACACAAAUCUCACUCUCCCCACGCUUUAAUUCUGGGCAAGAUAUGUUGUGUUUAUUUGGACUGGUUAACUUACAACUUGAUAUUCUCCCGCUCAGAACAUUUUCCCAUUUCACUCACGCGCUGUGAAAGCCUGUAAUUUACUUGAGAAGUUUUGGUGCAUUUAGAGAAAAAUAUAUUCUUUCUAUGUGGUGCCAGUUUAUUCAUCGGUUACACGUGC